UUUACAGAGCUUGGGCUACCUGUGAAGUCACAAAUAAGUUAUCUAUUACUUUUUAUGAUAAAGCAGGUCAUUCCUCUCGUGUCCAGCGAUAUGAAAACAAAACACCGUAUUAUUAUCUUGGUUCUCGUCGGAAUUUCGUUUAUUUUUUCAUUGCUACAUAUUACAAGACCACGCAAGAAGAAUAGUAUUGAUAGGACAUAUGUAUAUGGAAGAUAUAGCAACCCAUGGAAUAACACCAUCAAGGGAAUUGAAUUUCUGUUUGAUCAAAGAACGUUGGAUCUUCUCAGGCAACUCGUUAUUGAGAUGGAAAAUGGAGUUAAGGUGAGAGCGGUUACACCGGAUGUAUUCAAUAGACACAUCAAGCCUGUAACAGCGAUUUCUAGCAAUCAUUUUGAAGAGUGUAUGGCACAUCUGCAUCGAGUGUCGCUGUUCUUUCCAAAUGUCGACAUAAUAGUCUAUGACUUGGGUAUGAAGCCGGCAGAAGUGCGUAGAAUGCAGUAUUUGCCUUUUGUCGAGUACAGAAGAUUAAAUUUCUCCCGUUAUCCGUCCUUUGUCGCAGACUUGCAUCUUUACGCUUGGAAAGCUCUAGUCAUCCAGGGUGUUUUGGCAGAAUUUGGUUCUGCUCUAUGGUUUGACGCGAGUAUCGUAUUUAAUCAUGAUUACGGCAAAAUUUUAGACCACGUGGUAGCCAAGAAUUCAUCAUUUCUGUUCUACAUACGGAAAGCAAAUCAUAAUAUACUCUCUGCGACACAACCACAGACCUUCAAAUAUCUACCAAUGAAAACUAUCAAUCACUUAACGAACAGUAUGCCGCAGUCUGGAGGAAUGCUUAUUUUUAACACAGAAAUUGUAAGAAGAGAUAUUAUGCAGUGGGCUUUAGCAUGUUCCUUGUUACAAGACUGCAUCGCUCCUAUUGGUUCUACCAUCAAUGGAUGUGGGGACAAGUACCCAGUUUUAGCCUUCAGUGGAUGUCACCGAUUUGACCAAUCGGUCUUUGCGAUAACCGUUGCAAACGCUUACGACUCCGAAGUAGAAAGAUACUCGUUACCAGACUCUCUGCUAUCCUUUGCGCACCCCUGGAGGGUACGGCAUGACUGGAAUUGGACAGGAAAGACUUUUAUAGUUAUCUUUAUUAUUUCUGGAAUUGUUGUAAUUGUUUUUGUUGCCUUUUUUAUUUGUUGCCAUUCAAAGUUUUACAAUAGAUCUUACCAUACGGCUAUAUCGUAACAUCUAGCUAAUUUUCUUGUCCUACAAAACAAAAUUGUUUAUGAAGAUUUUCUUAAUACAACCUUAAAAUAUUCUUUGCAUUUAAAUAGGAGCGUACGGUGGGGGAUGGGGGGAGGGGUGGAGGGGUACUCCAGCAGUAACUCAGUAACCCCUUAUGUUUAGCCAACGUCAAUAUGGGAGGGGGGAGGGGGGGGGCAGGCAAAUAGCUACAUUAUGGACUCGCUCCUUUUUAAUUUUUGGACGCCUCUGUUGAAAAUCUAUUCUAUUUCCGCCGUUCCGUAACCGCUUUGCUGGAAACACAAUGCAAAUGAGAUGUUAACCCUUUCAGUAACGAUCUGAUAUAUUUUAAUCGAUGAAGAUUGUUUAUAACUUAUUCGUACGCUGUUCAGUUAAAACAUGCGCAUCGGAAUAGCAGCAGUCGGUCAUGUUUUAUUUUGCGGGCAACAUAGCCUGCUUGCAGGCGUUUACCCGGUGCUUUUUUUUUCGCUAUGCAUUAAGUCGUGGUCGCCAUCUUGUUUUUGGCCGCGCUAGCUUGGCGCGGCUGGCAAAACGUGACGAAGGGGGCUGGUUCUUUCCCUCUCUUCCCCCGCCCCCUCCCGAUUUGCGUUCGUUCCAGCUUUCGCGCGGCCAGAACAAAUCAAGAUGCGGCCACGACUCGGAGCAUAGCGAAAACACCGGGUAAACGCCUGCAAGCAGGCUACGGGCAACAUUUCUUAGCAGCCUGGCUUUGUCACGCACGUGCGUGACCACCUAAAGGACGUUUGGUGUUUAAAGCAGGGGCGGCGGGAUGGUCCAAUAAAUGGGGGGAAGUUGGGGAGGAGGUAUGGGAAGUGGUUUCUGAAUAGGGGUGGCUGGUGGUUUCAGGGGUAAGGGGUAGGUGGUGGUGCGCUAUUUAUAAGAAAGCGGGGGAUAACCUAGGUUUUUAUGCACGGGAUUUUUAACUGUUUAACAAAUUUGAUAUCGGUUGUAUACGUACCGCUUGAAACCCGUUGGUUUAUUGGUUUAAAAAAACCGUUCAUAUAUAAAGAAACAUAUGCUAAGAAAAGUGUGUGUGUGUGUGUGGGGGGGGGGGGGGGGGUUGGGCACCCCCCCUUCCGCCGCCCUGGAAAGAUCAACUCGAUUUUGGUACCACUCAUAACAUGUCAUCUCAAAGAGAUUCUUAGCCAGUAGCUGGCUUUUCGAUAAAGAUAAGAUGUUUUGAAAAUCCCUCUCGCAUUAAUUGUCUUUUAGCAAAGUAAAACAAAUUUGAAAACGUCGUAUAUAAUAGCCAUGAGCCAAAAAGAUGAAACAAUCGACUCGAUUCAUUUGCAAGCAUUUGCAUUGAAUAUUUCAUGUUAUGGAUGGUACGACGUUUGAACUUAGCCUUAGAUAUAAGUUGUUAUAUAAGAACUCAUUGAUGAGAUGCUUCAGCUAUGUGGAGACCACGGGUUUAAUGAUUGUUUACACAGGCUUAGAAUUAUUGAUCAAAAGAAAACAAACUGUGUCCCUAAAGAUAUUUGUUUACAAAUGCUUACUCACUGUAAAUAUAUCUCCAACUAGGAAAUAGUUAUCGCAUGUCAUCAUCUAUUAAACAUAAACACAUCA